AUGGAAGACUCAUCCUCUGAGAGCAACUGCACUGAGGAAGAGGACUGCAUUUCUGAAUCUGAAUCUAACCUGAGCCUCUCUGUAGGCUAUUUCCCCUAUGAGGACAACAUCGCCUAUGAAGACACAACCUCCUGUGAAGACUCAAUUUCCGAGGGAUUUUCCUGCCAUUUUCUCCCUCCUAUCCAAGGGACAUGGGGGAUUAAAAGCUUAAGGAGGCCUGUUGGGAUAAGAGAUCAAAUUCAGGACAACCCAGAGAUGUUUUCCAAACUCACCAUCUCACUGGCCUGGGAUGUUGAUAUGGGCUCUGAUCAUCAAGACUCACUAUCUAAUUUGGAUCUAAAUGGAGACAAUCAAUGGGUAGAAAAAUGGCCACAGGAGAGGACAAAACUAACUCUCUGCAAACUGGACAAUCUAAUGCAAAAGCUUAAGGCAUUUCUAGAAAAUCAGAAAGAAGAUACAGAUGAUGAAUCUGUGUUCUCUGAGUCUACUCAGGAGGAAGAUCUACAACCGUCUAGUUACUUCCCUCUCAAUAUGUAUCAGAUGAUAAGCGAGGUGAGUGGCACUGCAGAGACACCCUCAGUCUCAGCAGGGCAGCCAAAGGAGAGUGACACACCUUCUGAAACAGAAACCACAUCCUGUCUGAACUUCCGGUCCAUCUUUCACUGGCUCAGGACAAGGCUCUUCUCUUCCCUGCCCAGGAGAAAGCACCCUGAGAGGUCAACCAAGAGCCCCAGGUGCGGGGCCCACGGACACACACGAGACCCCCGACGUCCAGCCGUGGAGGCGUUUUUCUCACACGGAAGCGAGCGCGGCGCCGUAGGAGUUCAGCCCUACCCCCACCUUCGCCCCCCAAAAGUGCCGGUCCGGUCCCCACUGGGAAACAGGAACGAGCUGGAAAAGGAAAUCGACCCCGCGAAGGGGAGGAGCGGCGGCUGCAGCCGCGCAGCGGUGCCACUCGGCUCGGUGGCCGAGCGCGGCCAACCGCCCUUACCUGGGGGUGAGAGCCGCCGGCACUACUUCCAAAAGUUCCGUUCACCUUCGCUCCCAGUUCAAAGCCCCGCCACCCGGCCCAGCCGCAGGCAAGCCGCGCACGACUCGGUCCCCGGCCCGUCCCCACCCAGUCUGCCCUACACCAUGUCAGGAAUCUGGGCAGGCACCGAGCUGGGAGCUGACAUCACUCCCAGCCCCAGGUACCUCCUCCUCCCACCGCCGCCCUCUCUCCUCCCCGCCUGCAGGAAUGAGCCAAAGAGCGUCGGCAGCGGGGCGGGGCGGCAGCGCCUGCGCCCCCACUGA